AUGCAUGUCUGGUUCUUAUUUCUCAUUCCGCAAUUAUUCGCCGCCACACUAAAGGAAAAGGAAUCGGGCGAAGUCGAUCCGUUGACAGAGCUCCAUAAGGAGUUGGCACAGAAAGCAGUCGAUGAUUUGAACGCGAAAUCAAACGAUUUGUACCGAUGGGACGUCUACACGAUUGACCAAGUUCAUCAACAAAUGCACAAUGGCAUUCAGUACAACAUGCAGUUGACACUCGUACAAACUGACUGCCGAAAAUCAGGUUCACAACUGACUCGUACCGACUGCAAGCACACAGAUCGACUGAAGAAAUGUACUGCCCAAGGCGAGCAUCGAGCUUGGGAAAACUACGAAAACAUGGAAAUUCGGAACUGUGAGCAACCAUACAGGCGAACGAAACGAAUGAUCAAGACAUCAAAAAGCUCCAUCGAAUACACCAGACUAAGCCGACACAUCAAGCCAAAGGACUACGUGCCUUGGAAUCAAUUCACUGACUUCAUCGACAGGCAUGAUAAGAUCUACAGCAGCAAACGUGAAGCGCUGAAACGAUUUCGAAUCUUCAAACGAAAUCUGAAGGCAAUUCGCACCUGGCAAGAAAAUGAAGAGGGAACAGCUGUUUAUGGAAUCACACAAUUCUCUGAUCUUUCACCAGAGGAGUUCAAGAAAAUCUACUUGCCGUAUACAUGGGAACAGCCGAUAUACCCAAAUCGAAUCGCGGACUUGGCUGCCGAAGGGAUUGACCUGAAGGAGCCGCUACCAGAUUCAUUCGAUUGGAGAUCACAUGGCGCUGUGACGGCUGUGAAGAAUCAAGGUAAUUGUGGAAGCUGUUGGGCGUUUUCGACCACGGGAAACAUUGAAGGACAGUGGUAUCUGGCCAAAAAGAAGUUGGUGUCGCUUUCGGAACAGGAGCUCGUCGACUGUGACAUCAUUGAUCAGGGAUGUAAUGGUGGAUUGCCUAGUCAGGCUUACAAGUAA